CAAACCCGGAAGCGACUCCUUCUCCUGUUUGUUUUUGUCUGUUUCUGUUCGCGCCUUACUGGACGUUUUGUAGUAUUAUGGCUGUCCCACCGCAACUAAAAGCCAUUCAGCAUCAUUAUAAGACAGCGCUGGAACAUGAUAAGAGAGACCCGGUGGUAGCAUAUUACUGUCGUCUUUAUGCCAUGCAGACAGGCAUGAAACUGGACAGUAAAACCCCAGAAUGCCGCAAGUUCCUCGUGAAGCUCAUGGAUCAGCUGGAGAUGAUGAAGAAAGAGCUCAGCACCAAUGAAUCCAUCUCCCAGGAGAUUGUGGGCAACGCCCAUAUCGAGAACUACGCCUUAAAAAUGUUCCUGUAUGCCGACAACGAAGACCGAUCAGGCCGCUUCCACAAGAAUAUGAUCAAGUCUUUCUACACCUCAAGCCUCCUGUUCGACGUGCUGUCCGUGUUUGGCGAGUUGUCAGAGGAGAACAUUCAGCACAGGAAGUACGCUAGAUGGAAGGCGACCUACAUUCACAACUGCCUAAAGAGCGGCGAGACUCCUCAGGCAGGGCCCAUUGGCAUGGAAGAGGAAGCGUAUGAUGAUGAGUUUGGUGCUGCAGCUGAUGGUCCAUCCUAUGCUGCUCUUGGUCCAGCUCAGCCGCAAUCCUCCUCCAGUAUGGAUAUGACGAACCAAGAACCAACAUCUAUCCCUCCACCCAACUAUAACACCAUCCAGGUUCCUCCUGGCUCUCACGCUCCAGCCAACACACCUGCAGAUCUUCCCCAUCCAGCAGCAGAGCCUGUGAAACCAGUUCCUGUUCCCCGGAACAUGCCAGUGGGUGACCCCUUACCCCUCAAUGUUAACCAACAAGGUGAUGUGCAUCUCACACCCGAGGACUUCACCCAGGCUCAGAAGUACUGCAAGUAUGCGGGCAGUGCACUACAAUACGAAGACGUUGGCACUGCUGUACAGAAUCUACAGAAAGCCCUCAAGCUUCUAACCACAGGCAAAGAAUGAGAGCUUUGUGUGCUUACUUUAUCAGUGAUCUGGCCCAUAUGAACUGUUCAGCUCUAUUUGAGCUCACUCAAUAAAACAUCUGUUUCACAUCUAUGCUCCCACUGGCUGAUCGUUAAAAAAAAAAAAAAGUUAGAAAUUCGGAUUGUAAUCUAGCAGGUGCAUUUGGAUUUGCCCUUUUAAUGAAAUGCUAUAUUUAGUGAAUGGAAUGUGAUUAUUAAUGACACCUGGAUUUAAAUAACUAGGGCAAUUCCAGAUCUUUCUCUUUUCUUUUGAAUAGUUUAAUACACUACUCUGUCUCUCUUCUGGUGAAUCUUUUUGAUCUGUUUACCUUUGAAUGGCAGGUCUGUGUGUUGAUAAUUGUCCUCAUGAGAAAUUAAAUUAAUGCGAGUGCACUUACUGGAACACCGGAUUGAGUGAGUGUUUAUUAACGUUUCUUGGAAAGCUGAUACCAAAAAAUGCAGUCAUACAGAAAGCAAGUAACUGUAAUGAUUUGAAGAAUGUUUUGAAGAAGUACAGUAUAUCAAGUUAUGUUCCCCUCUCAUGCUCUUCUGUGUAGCUAAAGCUUUGCAGCAAGACAGUGAGGCUAGGUGAACUGUUUACUAUAAAUUGCUGUGUGCAUGCAUGUACAUUAUGCCUUGUGGUAGACUGGCCUCAUUCACAUCCAGGGCUCUGGAUCCACUACAACUUUGACCAGGAUGACGCGCAUACUGAAGAUGAAUGAAAAAUAAAUGACAUCUUAUUCAAUUCA